GCAGGGCUUUAUGAAUCUACUCUCGCUGGUUUUCCAAUGAGGUGCGAGCUAGCCUCGUGAGGCACGGGACCUUCUCUGCUCUGUCCUGGACUGUGUGUGAAACAAUAACAGCAUUCACCAUGUUAUGCCACAUAACUCGUCCGGACUCGUUGGUUCUGGAAGUGAAGAUGGACCCAAAAGCAAACGGAGAGGACAUUCUCAAUAAGAUAUGUCUGAAAAUGGGAAUCAUAGAGGUAGAUUAUUUUGGACUUCAGUUCACCGGUACAAAAGGAGAGAUUUUAUGGCUGAAUCUCAGAAACAGGAUUUCUCAUCAAGUGGAUUGUAUGUCUCCUUGCAGACUGAGGCUGCGAGUCAAGUUCUUUGUUGAGCCACAUCUAAUCCUGCACGAGCAAACCAGGCAUUUGUUUCUGAUGCACGUCAAAGAAGAGCUUUUCAAAGGAAGCUUGCGAUUGGACGCAGAGCAGGCAAUCAAGCUCUGUGCACUGCUGGCUCAGGCAGAGUUUGGAGAUUACAACCAUAACACAGCCAACUACUGCUACUCACAGAUAUACGGUCAAGACCCCAGCCAAGAUACCAUCAACAAUAUUUCUUUGAGGCAUAAGUCACUGGAGGGUGUUAGUCAGGCUUCAGUGGAAUAUCAAGCCUUGCAGCUGGUUUCCUCUCUUAACUACUAUGGCGUCGAGUGGCACUCCGCACGUGACUCUGAGGGACAGGAGCUGCUCAUCGGGGUCGGACCAGAGGGCCUGUUUGUCUGCAAAACAGAUUUCACCCCUAUUGAAAGAAUCAUUUACCCAGUCAUUCAAAUGGCCACUCAGUCUGGACGGAAUGUGUAUGUGACUAUUACAAAAGACAGUGGGGACAGUGUGGUUCUUCUUUUUAAGUUCAUUAGUCCCAGUGCUGCCAAUGGACUAUAUCGUGCUAUCACGGAAAUCCAUGCUUUCUACAGGUGUGACACUGUAAUGAGCACAGUGAAGAUGCAAUAUAGCCGUGACUUCAAGGGUCAUCUGGCUUCCCUCUUCCUCAAUGAAAGCAUUGACCUUGGUAAAAGGUACAUCUUUGACAUCCAGCGCACAUCCAAAGAAGUAUAUGACCGAGCGCGCCGAACCCUGUUCAAAGCAGGGAUGGCUGUGAUUGAAUGUGGUAGUCCAAAAGACGAUUGCAGUCACUCUGCCCUGAGACAGACAAAAGCUGAAAGGGAGGAGCGGAUGUGUGGCGGAUGCAGGGAAACUUGCUUUCUGAAGGAGAAGCUCCAAAGGCUACAAGAGGUCCUGACCUGCUCUCUGUGCUGCGAACAGGAGAUCAAUGCUGCGUUCUGUCCUUGUGGACACAUGUUCUGCUGCUAUAACUGUGCCGGCCAACUUCAGUGUUGUCCAGUGUGCAGGUCAGAUGUGUACCGUGUUCAGCAUGUCUAUUUACCCACCUGUGCCAGUCUACUUGGCCUGGCAGAGGCAAAGACGACCACCUUCAGUGUGCCCAGAGGGACUGCCAUCUCAGUGGAUUGUGGCGAUAAAGAAAAUACCUGCCAGAUGUAA